AUAACCUCAAUAUAAAUGGGCGGGGGACAGGACGAAACUUGAAAGAUUUAAUCCCAAAUUGAAGACUUCAUUCAAGGCCAAAUUUCAUUCAAGGCCAACAGUCACCACUUCUUCAUUAUUUCCAGUUAGCAUAAAUGAGCUCCUAUUUUCUCAAUGCAGAAUUGCAUGGUAAAUGCAGCUUGUUUUUGUAGCUGGCCUGAACAAUGCUGUCACUCCAGUCACUUCACAUACUUGCAACAGCAGCUGUUUUUUUGGUGACAUGUCAUGCUGAGGAGAAGUGUGCAGGAGCUCCUGGAAUCCCUGGCACCCCAGGAGUCAAUGGAUUGCCUGGAAGAGAUGGAAGAGAUGGUAUGAAAGGAGACCCAGGCCCACCAGGUCCUCAGGGGCCACCGAGUGGCAUGCUAGGUCUUCCCGGAAGAGAUGGGCUUCCUGGGGUUCAAGGGCCCCAGGGUGAAAAAGGCAACAAGGGGGAGAGAGGGGAGCCUGGACCACAAGGCCUGCCUGCUUCUGUUGACCCUGAAUUGCAAGAAAGCCUCCAGUUUUUAAAACAUCAGAUUACCAGACUGGAAGGAGUCCUUACUUUGGAAGGAAAAAUAACAGAAGUGGGGGAAAAAAUUUUCGCUACCAGUGGGAAAGAAGUCAAUUUUGAAACCACAUUAAAAGCCUGCGAACAUGCUGGUGGCUCCAUCGCCACCCCUAGGAACAAGGAGGAGAACGAUGCUAUUUGGGAUAUUGUGAAACAGUUUAACAGAUAUGCUUAUCUGGGCAUAAGGGAGAGUGAUGUUCCAGGUGAAUUCCAUGAUCUGGAUGGGAAACCUCUGAAUUAUACCAACUGGCGUGCAUAUGAGCCAAAUGGCAAAGGAGGGGAAAACUGUGUAGAGAUGUACACUGAUGGCGGCUGGAAUGACAAAAAAUGCAACCAGUACCGCCUCACUAUCUGUGAAUUUUAAAGCAUAUUCUUUCAGUUAUUUCAUAGGGCAGAGUCCAUGCAAUAUUCUGUGUCUCAAACAUAAACAGGAGCUUGUUCUCUCAGCAUUAUAGCUAAUGUUGUCUGUGAUUAUUUUAUCUGAGAGAAACAAAAUCAUGGUGUAAUAUUUUCCUUCCUCAUGCUUACUAAGGAAAUAGUAACUACUGAAGGUGAUUGAUCUGCAACUAGAACUAUCCCUAAUUUGAGAGGGGGUUAAUGAUAGUAACCAAACUCUGCCUUGUCUCACUGUGGCUGAUUAAGCUCCAGAUAAGGAUUUCAGGGUUUGGCUUAAUGUGUUUGAG